UUCCUCAUUUACGGAGAUGCACUCUACUCUGUUAUCUGCGCCCAUUUCCCCCUCUCUCUUCUUUCUUCUGUACCAUUUCUGCAACUCUGUCAGCUAUUAACCACAUCCUCAUUCGACACGUGUCCCUUUAGCGAUUUUGAGAUCCGCUUAAACUCACUCUUCCCCAUAUCCCACUCACUUUCUCUCAAAUCUUGCAGCUCUUCCCAUUUGUUACCAAGUUUCCUCAUUUUGCCCUGCCAUGUUUGAUAAAACUUUUUUGUACUAUGUGUUUCAGUUUUUAAACUUCCUUCAACUAGUUCCUCAUUGAAAAUAAUAAUGGCGUCUCUCACGCCUGGUAUUUUACUUAAACUCUUGCAACAUCUCGAUGAUAAAGACACUAAAGUCGCUGGUGAACAUCGCUCUGCUCUUCUUCAGGUGAUUAGUAUAGUUCCAUCACUAGAUGAUGAUCCAUGGAAAAGCAGGGGAUUUUAUCUAAGGGUAUCAGAUUCUCAGCAUUCAGCUUACGUUUCUGUAUCUGAACAAGAUGUUGACUUGAUACUCAGUGACAACAUUCAACUCGGUCAGUUCAUUCACGUGACCCGGCUCGACUCCGGUUCACCUGUUCCGGUUCUUCGUGGUGUCAAACCGGUUCCCAAGAGGCGACCAUGUGUUGGUGAUCCUAAAGAUUUGAUUUCAAGUGAUUUUCUCACUGCCAGAACCCGACCCGACCCGAAAAGGGGGAAGAAGAAUGGUGAAGUGAAACGGGUCGAGACAGGUCGACCCAAAGUGAACAGAGUGAUGGUGGUGAGUGAGGAUGUAAAAUCAAGAAGACAGUCUAUUGGAAAUGGGAAAGUGGAUGGGUUAGAGAUGAGGAGAUUGAGUUUGGAUUCGGUUAGAAGAGGAUGGGAUCGGAGCCCCGGUGAGAAAAAUGGGUCUGGAGCAGCUACACCUAGGUCCAAAUACAAAAGCGGGUUAUUGGGUUCGGAUCCUAUUCCUUCUGUGAAGAAGCCUUCUUUAGACAAAGUUUCAACACCAAGGCUUUCAACUGCAAGCAUUUCACCGCUUACUAGUAAGAAUAAUAUUGUCUCCCCAAGAUCAGUUGGCAAGCCCACCAGAAAAGAUCUAGAGCUUAUUGUCUCACCAAGAUCAGUUGGCAAGCCCACUAGAAAAGAUCUAGACCUUAUUGCCUCACCAAGAACAGUUAGCAAGCCCACUAGAAAAGAUCUAGAGCUUUCGCAAGAUGAGACUCUUCCGUGCAAUCUGACAAAGGUGGCCCUCAGUUUUAAAAAUUGGUCCGACUCAAGGAUUUCAUGGAGUUCACUUCCAUCAACAGUUCGUGAUCUUGGCAAGGAAGUUACAAGUUAUAGGAAUGUAGCAUUUCUGUCUGCUAUGCAUGCAUUAGAAGAAGCUGCUGCUUCAGAAGGUGUCAUCCAAUGCAUGAGUAUGUUUGCAGAACUAUGUGAAUCGUCGAAGAAUGUACCUGCCGGACAACUCGUUGAGCAAUUUUUGAACCUUCAUCAAAACAUGCAGAAAGCUGCGGACGUUACAAAAUCAUUGGUGACGAGAACUCAUGAAGCAAAAGGCAAUGACAAGUUGUGUCUGCAGAAUCGCUUUCCAGAAAUUUGCCAUAAUCUUACAAAUAAGAAUGCAGCCUCUUGGAUUCAAGCUGCAAUUGAUUCCGAACUUUCCAAUUUCUGUUUGUUCAUCAAGGAAGGCAAGAAGGGAGAUUUGGAUAAUGAGAAAUCUCAUUACGUUAUACUAAAGAACAAUCCAACGAUUAGUGAAGCAGAGAACCAACCGCCUAAAAACAAGCAAAGCCCUAAAACUAACGGGCCAUCUGGUCCUGAUUCUACUGGACGAAGAUCAGUAUCUCAAGCGAAGCAGCAUUUACCAGCCACAAAAAGAACAAAUAUUGGAAGAGAAGAAUGGUCCAAAGGGAGUGGGCUGAAGCAGGCUGCAAAUUUAGCAGAAAAGUUGCUUUCUUCAUCUCGUGCAUGGUUCUUGAACUUCUUAGAAGAUUCGUUGAGCAAGGGAUUUGGGCUGAAUACCGCGGAAGGGAAUUCUGAAAUCGCAAGUCUUCUUGGUCAACUCAAAAGAGUCAAUCAGUGGUUGGAUGACAUGGUUAAGUUGGGAAACAGAGUAGAUGAGAGGGUAGAAGGAUUAAAAAAGAAGUUAUAUAGGUUUUUGCUUGAUCAUGUUGACUCCUCCAUCCUUGGAGGUAAGUAAUCAGCAAUGGUCCUAACCCUUGACUACUAACAGCCUGGAAAUCUGGUUGUAGUUUACUGAUGCAAUUAGAUUAGGUCCUUUCAGGGAACAUAUAACACCGUUCUGUCUCAUCUUUCUGACUGCUGUAGCAUUAACUUAGCAGAGGCUCUAAGAAGUUUAGAGAGUAGAUGUCGCUAGUUUUUCGGUAUUCAAAUGUAUAGAAGAAGUUAGCUUUAUUGCUUCUUCAAACUGUGGAAGAAAACUUAAAUUCGAGAUUCUCAACGUCCAAAA